GUGGAGGCUCUGGGCGGGACUGACAGCGGUACUCUCCUCUGAUUGGACAGCAGGUCUGUCUCGCAAUAAUUAGUGCUCAAUGUUGUGCUACUGAACUUGCAGCAUAUCCAUGCUUAACAUAGGUAGUACCUUUGUCAGAAUACUACGUGUAUCUUUAGCUUGCUGCUGAGCUAAUAUUCAUGGCAAAGAGACGCGCCGAGGACACUGUGCUGGACGAGUCCCCGUCCAAAAGAUGUUGCCGUUCACGUUGUAGCGUUGACAUGCAGAUGGAGAGCAUGUCUUCGACGCGGGCUGUGAGCCCACCGUCCCUGCUGGCUUUGUUCGGCAACCGCUGCAGAAAGAGGCCAUACCACUUCGAAGACCCAGAGAAACAAGAAGCAGCAGCAGGUCUUUGUCAUAAGCCCAAACACUGCGACACUAGGAAGCCUGCUUCCAGUGUUUUGUCGCUGCAGACUUCUGGAAGUUUCCAGGACCGUGGCAGCUCCAGCGCCCGAACAACCAAGAAGAAACAAGCUCGGAAGGACUGCGUGGGUUCAGAGACCGUUGUCUCUAAAACUAAUGAUGGCGCUGAAGCAGACAAAAACCCUGAAGACUGCUCUUACAACUCCUUCCAGUACUGGAGGGUCCCACUGCCUGAACUUGACCUUUCACUGCUAGAAGACAAUGACCAUUCCCAAACAAAAGACAAGUCAAAAAUCAAACACUCUUCUUCUGAUGCCAUGGAGACAUGAUGGGUGCAGUGAGUCUGUUCUAUGUAGUCCUGACAUCAGCAGGCAGGCAUGAUAAUGAAAAUUUGAUGCUCAUCAGCAGGUAGACACAUCAAAAGCACACUACGGUUGCUUAAAAUGCAUCCAGGUUGGAUGCAACAGCCUGAUGUCACAAACCUGUCAGUGUGGCCCUGUCAGACUGAUACAAGCUGUAGUGAGUCUGUGAGCCUCAUGCCACUGCAAGAUCUCCAUCACUUAACAGUGGGUGAAGCAACAGGGAGAUCUGCACUGUAACUAUGCCGUUGUUUCGGUGGUGAGCAAGCAGGUGGAAUUUCUCUAAACAUUUGUGAAGGGAUGUCCAUCCAUCCUUUAAUUGUAGAUUAUCCUAAAUGUUUGUUUAAUUAUAUGCAUUGUGUGAAGUAUUUUUAUAUAGCCUGGUGUACAACAUUGCCAGCAGUGUUUUGUUUUCUACUGAAUCCCAGUAAUAUUUUAUAAGCAUAUGUGAAUAAUGUUAAAGCAACAGGGUGUGCACAUAUAGUAAUAACUCUAUAUUUCUUUGGCAAUAAAACCAUUGUCUGUA